AUGAACUUUGCUCCGUAUGCUCCACCGCCAGACGAACGUCGAAAGACAAAUCCGAGUAGCGACAGCACGAGGUCCGAUAGCGCACCCACUUGGCAGUCGAAGCCCAACACGAACAACCCGUGGAGCUCAUACCAGCAGGGCGGAUCGGUCGUAGAUCCGAGCGGGCUCACCUCAGGAUCUUCCGCGCGCGAACCGAAAGCUUACAAUGCUCAGGAAGCAGUACAUCAUCGCUCGGAAUCGUAUUCUCGGAGUCUCGGCCACGACGCCCGGCCUGGCUCGGAUCCUAGGCCAACUGAAAUCAGUCGGAACUACCUCAACGCCGAGGCUUACGAAACACGACUGGGAUGGAGAGUUGAUCUCCUUGCUGCGCUGGCCUAUUGCACUCCUCUCAUGGGAUUCAUCAUACUCGCUUUCGAGACUAAGAACGACUACAUUCGAAUACAUGCUUACCAGUCACUCCUGACGGCCAUCCCACUUGGCAUCCUGCACUUCCUAUUCCUAUGGAGUCACUUCCUCCAGGUUCUUUUAUUAAUCUUCGACCUGGCCCUUUAUGGGUGGCUAGGAUACCAUGCACAUUGCUCGGCUGAAAUGCUUGAAAGAAACCUACUGCCGAUCGUUGGGCCUAUAGCAGAACAAUGGACAUCAGAAGAAUAG